UCUUUCUCCCUUUCCCUUGUUCUUUGUAGAGUCUUGCCGAGUCGAUAACGAGUCGAAACGAAAUCGACUUUGAAAUUGGCGCGUCGUAAAAAUGGCGCUUGCAAAAGCGCCGUUGGCGGCUUUUCCACCGCCGAGCGCGUGUCUAUAUGUUGGUAACUCGUGCGUUUUUACACAGCAGUUUUGUUGGUAUUAUAUUACCGAAAGUUGUUAGUGUUACCUCGGCUGACGUUUUCAACGAAGGACGAUCGUUAUUCAGGAUUAAGGAUUAACGAGGAGGGGAAAAGAGAUCUAAAUACCAGCCAACCCCGCUGGCUAUUGAGAAACCGAACGACGAGAGAUGGCGAGCGAUUCGUAAAAGCGCCCGUAGAGGCCAGAGCUUGAUUUUCGUGGUGGCGCGGCCGAGACAAGAAUCGAUGAGAACCAAUGAAAAUCGAUGCGACGGUCCAAUCAUCGAGCUCAAGGGUCGCAAUAUGUUUCCCUGCGGGACGUGAAAGGAAGGCGCUACUAAUUGCGGUCGGUUUCACCUUUCAUCAGCAGGGGGCAACGAGCCCUAUCAGACGACGGCGGCGACAACUACUACGACGACGACUACUACUACACGCCGACGAUAACGACGACGAUGAUUAUUAUGGCGACGUAAGCGAAAUGCUCGAGAAGGAAGAGGAGGAGGAGAAGAGACCCGACUGAAUUUUGUUUCCGCGAAACGAAAAUGCAUUCUUCUGUCUCUCCGGCUUGCCGAACGCGACGCGGUGCGCAAUUUGUUUGAAGACGACAUCGCGAGUGCGCUACCGAAGUGUCGAAGUUUAUCGUGUUUCUCGUUAAACCGUCAAAUUAUCGUCGAAACGAUCGCAGUCGCGAGUGCAGUGCAGCGAAGUGAAGUGAAGUGAAGUGAAGUGAGCGAAAAGCGGACGUGGGACGACGACUGACUGGACGUGGAAGGUGAAGAAGGUGGUGGACCUGGACGUCAACGCGGGACAUCAACGCAAAAUGCCAAAGUACAAAAUGCGUAGCAGAAGUAACUCUGGAGUCCGUUUGGACUAUUACCAACGAAUUGUUCAUAAAAUAAUUAUGAAUCAUCAGAAUCCUGUAACAGGACUCUUUCCUGCCAGUCCUAACAAUGACCAUGCGUGGAUACGUGACAAUAUUUAUUGUAUACUUGCUGUAUGGGGUUUGUCAAUGGCAUACAAAAAGAUAGCCGAUGCCGAUGAAGACAGAGCAAAAACUUAUGAACUCGAACAGAGUUGUGUUAAGCUGAUGAGAGGUUUACUGAUGGCAAUGAUGCAGCAAAAGGAGAAAGUAGAAAAGUUCAAGUCUAGUCAAAAUCCACACGAUGCUUUGCAUGCAAAGUAUAGCUCUGUUAAUUGUCAAACUGUAGUUGGGGACACCGAAUGGGGACAUCUUCAAAUAGAUGCCAUUUCCCUGUAUCUUCUAAUCCUGGCUCAGAUGACAGCUUCUGGCUUGCAAAUCAUUUUCAACUUAGAUGAGGUGGCCUUUAUCCAGAACUUAGUGUUUUACAUCGAAUCUGCUUACUGUACUCCAGACUAUGGGAUUUGGGAACGGGGGGAUAAGACAAAUCAUGGUUUGCCAGAAUUAAACGCAAGCAGUAUUGGAAUGGCAAAAGCUGCAAUGGAGGCAAUGAAUGAAUUGGAUCUGUUUGGUGCGAGGGGCGGGCCCACAUCGGUUAUUCACGUUCUAGGUGACGAAGCGCAGAAAUGUCAAGCAGUAUUGCAGUCCAUGUUGCCCAGAGAAUCAAAUUCUAAGGAAUUAGACAGCGGCUUAUUGUCGAUUAUAAGUUUUCCCGCAUUCGCAGUGGAUGAGCCUAAUUUAAUUCACUUGACGAGAGACGCCAUCGUCAAGAAAUUACAAGGUCGAUAUGGAUGUAAGAGGUUUUUAAGGGAUGGAUACAGAACACCAAAGGAAGACCUAAACAGACUGUACUACGAACCUUGGGAACUCCGUAUGUUCGAGAACAUCGAAUGCGAAUGGCCCUUGUUCUUUUGUUACUUGAUAUUGGAUUAUUGCUUCCAAGGUAACAAAGAAGGAGUUGCAAUAUACAUGAAGUAUCUGGAGGACGUAAUGAUUAAAGCAGAGGAUGGUAUGAAAUUAGUGCCCGAGUUAUAUUCCGUCGCGUCCGAGGACGUAUCGGCGGAAUACGCCGAACCCGGUAGUCAAAGUCGAAUAGCAUUAGGCAGAUGUCCGUUUAUGUGGGCUCAGUCUCUCUAUAUUCUGGGGAAAUUGCUGCAGGAGGGGUUUCUCGCUGUCGGUGAAUUGGAUCCGUUGAACAGACGAUUGUGCAGUGAGAAAAAGCCGGACGUGGUGGUGCAAGUGGUUAUUCUGGCAGAAGACACAGAAAUCAGAGAGAAAAUGGCGCAGCACGAUAUACACGUGCAAACAAUCGCGGAGGUUGCACCGAUCGAAGUACAGCCCGCGAAGGUUCUGAGUAAUCUCUAUACAUACCUGGGUCGCAAUAAGAAACUGGGACUAUCUGGGCGUAAGUCGAGAGACGUGGGAAUUCUCAGCACUAGUAAAUUGUAUUCCUUGCAGGACAAGAUAUUCGCGUUUACACCGCAGAACUUUGACACGGAGGAAUACUACAUGACAAAUGACGCCGCCCUGCUUGUCAACACUUUUACAACCAAUCUGGCCUUCCUUACAAUCAACUGGAAACAAAUGCUCGGCAGGCCAACCAUAACACUUGUCGCUACUCAUAAUCAUCUAGAUCAAGGUAAGAUACCGUUAGCCAUGAUAACUACCAUGAAGAAGCUCAAGAGCGGCUACAUCAAUGGCACCAGAGUGUCAUUGGGAAAUUUGAACGAUUUCUUGAGCACCUCUUGUAUCACGAAUCUUAGCUUCUUAGGAAGCUCCGAAGAUGGCCGUCCUGACAAGCUGAAUCCUCAGGUUCAACAAUAUUUGGAAGAACAUUUGAUGCGUCCGUUCCCUCAUCGUACGGGACUUCUGUCAAGUAAGCAAGGCCUGACGCGUACGGGGAAAAAUAUACGACGUAGGAUGUCUGUGAAAGGCGCAAUAAAGAAAACUCGAUCUAUAGCCGUCGAACCCGAGAUUCUUGGUAUGGCAGGAGAAGACCGUAGGCACUCAACCGCUUUAAUCGCAAACCCGUUUAUUGAAGUGACGGACACCACGUUGUCUCCCAGUGCUACCCAACCGGUGACGAUUGAUCGCACACCGUCGCCGACGGACGAGCUUAUGCCAUGGAAAAAUUCGCCUAAAAUACAUAGACAUAGAACGGCAUCCGAAACUCAAUAUGCCGAGACAGAGGUGGAAGAAUUGCUGUCCAUGCUGCGUGAGACGGAAAGCCUCGAAGAGCAAGGAGAUAUCUUGCAGUAUAUUGUGGAUUCGAAAGGGUUGUAUUUCAAUACUGGAGUACUCGAGGAAGGACAUCCCGUCCUGGUGAAAGAUCUGUUGAAGAGUCUCUAUGAGAAGGCUUGCCAACAGAAAAUGUGGGGCAUCGUAAGACACAGCGCCGGUAUGUUGGGCAAACGAGUGGAAGACUUGGCGAAAGCUGUGACUGAUCUGCUGGUGCGUCAGAAACAAGUGACCGUCGGCAUGCCGCCGACCAACGAACACACAAUAGUCGCUCCUUUGCCGGAGAACGAACUGCGAGCUUUGAUCCAUCAAGCGUACGGCGAUGAUGAAUCGACCGCGAUGUUGACGCAGGAGUUGCUCGUCUACUUGGCGAUGUUCAUCAGAACGGAACCACAGCUGUUUCACGAGAUGCUGAGGCUGCGGGUCGGCCUGAUCAUUCAAGUCAUGGCGACAGAAUUGUCGCGAACGUUGAUCUGCACCGGUGAAGAAGCCUCUGAACAUUUGUUAAAUUUAUCUCCAUUCGAGAUGAAGAACUUGCUGCAUCAUAUUAUGAGCGGAAAGGAGUUCGCUAUUAGCAGUGUUGGCCGUGGUAACUUCUCUGUAAUCAGCCGCAAGUCGAGCAAGCUUAGUAAGCGUACAAACUAUAUGGAAAAUACCGAAAAAUCUCAAAUCGGCGGUUUCUUAAGCGCCGAUCAGACUGACGGUGUUGAGGCGGAGGCCGAUCGACAAGGCCAAUGGUUACGAAGACGACGACUGGAUGGUGCAUUGAACAGAGUACCGAGGGAUUUCUAUCCACGUGUGUGGCAAGUACUUGAAAGGUGUCAAGGUUUAGCUAUCGAAGGAAGGGUGUUGCCUCAGAAUCUCACACAGGAAAUGACAUCGGGCGAACUGAAAUUUGCCUUAGCCGUCGAAACGGUCUUGAAUACUAUACCGCAGCCAGAGUAUCGUCAACUGGUGGUCGAGGCUCUGAUGGUGUUAACGUUAGUUACUGAGCACAACAUUGUAGCGUCUCUGGGUGGUCUGAUUGCUGUGGAACAUUUAGUGCAUAAAGCAAAUGCUAUUUUCUUGGAAGAUCAGAUGGCCGUCGACGGUGAUGCGACGUUAUGUUGCGCGAAACCGAAGGAACAACGUGAAACAACGGCCAUGGGAACGUUGUUAUGCGGUGGAGCGGCGUAUGUUUGCCAACAUUUUUAUGACAGUGCACCCAGCGGAAGUUACGGGACGAUGACGUACAUUACAAGGGCUGUCGCCUCGAUGUUGCCUUGUUUGCCAAAGGAUGCUGAUCUGGAAUGCUCCAUAUCGUAGUAAUUCUAGCGACAAAUGAUCUUUGCAUAGUUAGAAAAUAAAGAUGUGAAUGUUAAUGUCCAUUAUAUGUAGCGAUGAAAAUUAUUAUAUUCCUCUGUAUAAAAUAACAUGAUUUCGCAACCAGACACAAAUUAUAAUCGAGGAAGGUAAACCUAAUAAAUUCCAAUUGUAAGUUAUA